AAGGGCGCAGCGGCGGCUUCCGGUCGGCGCGCGGGAGGAUGGAGACGAUCCUGGAGCAGCAGCGGCGCUACCACGAGGAGCGGGAGCGGCUCAUGGACGUGAUGGUGAAGGAGAUGCUCACCAAGAAGUCCACGCUCCGCGACCAGAUCAACUCGGACCACCGGACGCGGGCCAUGCAGGACAGAUACAUGGAAGUGAGCGGCAACCUGAGGGACCUGUAUGAUGACAAGGAUGGCUUACGAAAGGAAGAACUCAGUGCCAUUUCAGGACCAAACGAAUUUGCAGAAUUCUACAACAGACUAAAACAGAUUAAAGAAUUUCAUCGGAAGCACCCAAAUGAGAUCUGUGUUCCAAUGUCAGUGGAGUUUGAAGAACUGCUGAAGGCCAGAGACAACCCAAGUGAAGAGGCACAAAAUCUAGUGGAGUUCACAGAUGAGGAAGGGUAUGGACGAUACUUAGAUCUGCAUGAUUGUUAUCUCAAAUACAUUAAUCUAAAAUCAUCAGAGAAACUGGAUUAUAUUACUUACUUAUCUACAUUUGAUCAACUCUUCGAUAUUCCCAAAGAGAGAAAAAAUGCUGAAUAUAAGAGGUACCUUGAAAUGCUUCUUGAGUACCUGCAGGAUUACACAGAUCGUGUGAAACCAUUACUGGACCAAAAUGAGCUUUUUGGGAAAAUUCAGACCGAGUUUGAGAAGAAGUGGGAAAAUGGAACAUUCCCUGGGUGGCCGAAAGAGACCAGCAGUGCACUCACUCAUGCUGGAGCUCACCUGGAUCUCUCAGCAUUUUCCUCUUGGGAGGAAUUGGCCUCUCUGGGACUGGAUAGGUUAAAAUCAGCUUUGUUGGCCCUAGGUCUGAAAUGUGGCGGGACUCUGGAAGAGCGUGCUCAAAGACUUUUUAGCACUAAAGGCAAAUCCCUAGAGGCACUUGAUCCUUCCUUGUUUGCCAAGAAUCCAAAAACAAAAGGAAGCAAAAGAGACACUGAAAGAAAUAAAGAUCUUGCAUUCCUGGAAGCUCAGAUAUAUGAGUAUGUAGAAGUUCUUGGGGAACAGAGACACCUUACUCACGAGAAUGUGCAGCGCAAGCAAGCACGGACAGGAGAAGAGAGAGAGGAGGAGGAAGAAGAGCAGAUCAGUGAGAGUGAGAGUGAAGAUGAAGAAAACGAAAUCAUUUAUAAUCCUAAAAAUUUGCCUCUUGGCUGGGAUGGCAAGCCAAUCCCUUACUGGUUGUAUAAAUUACAUGGUUUGAACAUCAACUACAAUUGUGAGAUUUGUGGUAACUACACCUACCGAGGACCCAAAGCUUUUCAGCGUCACUUUGCAGAAUGGCGACAUGCUCAUGGAAUGAGAUGCCUGGGCAUUCCCAACACUGCGCAUUUUGCCAAUGUCACACAGAUUGAGGAUGCUGUCUCAUUGUGGGCAAAGCUGAAACAACAGAAAGCUUCAGAGAGAUGGCAGCCAGAUACAGAGGAGGAAUAUGAGGAUUCCAGUGGGAAUGUGGUGAAUAAAAAGACCUACGAAGACUUGAAGCGUCAAGGGCUGCUGUAACUUUUCCUGAGCAAAGCAUUUCACAUCUGAAAAUCAAGUUGAGAAGUGUCAGCAGUUCUGACUUUGCUUUCUAUUUUGCAUGAAUAUAGAUUUCAAGGAUACUUUAUAGAAUCACUUUCUAGUAAGCCCCUUGUGAAAAGCAUAAUUGUGAUAGUUUUAAAGCUUAUGUUAUUUUAUAUUAAAAAAAGAAGCUGAAAAAUAAAAUGAUCUUAAUUUAGGAAGU